UUCUUUAACGGGCAGCACUUUUAUAAUACGAGUACAUUCAAUUAAUUGUAAAUAGUUUUAUGGUUAAAAAAAAAAUCGAACGUCGAUUUUCAAGGGUGAAAAAUCGAUUCACUGAAUCGAUUCAAUACAUUAUAUCGAUUAAAAAAUCGAUCUUUUUGGCUCCAAAAAUCGAUUCUUUGAUUUAUCGAUUUCAGAUCGCUAUCCCUAAAGUGCCUAUUAUUUCCAUGUUAUUUUUCCUACCUAUUAUUUUUUUAGGAUCUGAAUCCAACCACCCUGCGGAUACUUGAUCUAUUUUGUACAUACAAAAGAAAUUCUGUAGAUUCGCCUGCCGGUUCAUCAUGCCAAACAAUAAAAACGAAGGAGGAAGGAGCAGCAGUGAAAGAGAUGAAGGUCCUGUUGAUCGUAACCAACCUCCGGAAAAAAAGGCCAAAAUGGACGCCAAAAAAAAACGUAAAGAAUUCAAAUGGGUUCUACAAGGAAAGAAGUUAGUCAAGAUCCGAGAAUUUAUGGGAAUAGUAUAUAUAGACAUAAGAGAGUUCUAUGAAAAAAAUGGUGAAAUGUUUCCGGGCCCGAAUGGAAUCAGUCUGACACCAGAUAUGUGGAAAAGGCUGUUAUCAUUAAGCGAUGAAAUAAAUAAAGCUGUUAGAUCACUCCAUUAAGUUUCACUGUUUAAUUUAUAUUAAGUAAUUCAUUAUUAAUUGAAAUGGUGAAUUAAACAAAACAUUUUGUUA